GUUCUUCUAGCUUUUUAGUCAUUGCGGGUGAACCCAACGAGGACGGAACUGAGCGUUGUGGAUCCAGGGACAGGACAACCGGUAAACUCAGCGACCAGAAUUGCGUCAAUCAAUAUUGCAGCUUCGUUUGCGAGAGAAGCCUGGAUUAGGAGCAUCAUCGUAUGCUGUCACGUGGUCACGGGUCUAGGUGAUGAUCUCGUUAUCCAUAGUGAUUUAGACCGCCAAGAACGUCUCUCUCGAUAGCCCAAGGCUGCAUUCGGUUACUGGAAACAUGGCGUCCGCACUGACUUUCGUUGUACUCGGGACGGUUAAUUUUUUCGGCACAAUGCACAACAACCAAUCGUCAGUAGUUCCCGGACUAAACCUGACUUCAACCAGCAUCGUUGACCAGCUGAUCACGCUUCGCGCUAGACGCAAUAAUUACAUAUACACAUCUGGCAUCGGCGCUCACAAGCUGCACAUCGAAGCAGCCUCUUGGAAUUCGGCUCGGCGUAAUUGUCAAGAUGAAGGUGGUCACUUGGCAAUCAUUAACUCCGUGGAAGAGGCUCAAGUCAUCAGUAAACUCGUCGAUACAGCAAACAUAAAAACGAUUUGGAUCGGUGCCCACGACUUGUUUAACGAGGGUGAAUUCGUAACCAUAGAAAAUCAAUCGAUAUAUAAAGCAGGAUACAGCAUGUGGGAAAGAGGAGAGCCAAACAAUGUGGGGAAUAAGGAACAUUGUGUAGCCAUUAGAAAAAAUGGCAAGCUUGACGAUCGGGAUUGCAAACAGGCCUUCAGCUACGUAUGUGAGAUACGUUACCCCCAGGUCUAUGUAAAGAAAGGAUCUGUUUAUGCGGCAACUGCCCCAAAUUCCGAUUAUUAAGUUUCAUAACGAUUACUAAAUUUCGUAAUAUGCUAAACCAGAAAAAUAGUACAUAAUUCAGCGUUACUCUUAUUCGUUGAUAUCAUACAUAGAACAUGGUAUAUAUUGCUAGAAACUCAAGUGGAAAUAAAUCAUCAAUUUUGUAAAGCGAUUCGAGUAUAAUGUACGAAAGAAGUCGUUGUAACGAUGAAAAAAAUUCGAUAGCAUUAAUUUAUUUAACGAU